GAAAUUGAAAAAAAGGCGAAAAAUAAGAGCAGGAGCAGCGGGGCGAACAUGCGGAGCGACGAAGCCAGGGUCCUUCUGGGCUUCCCUCCAAAUUCUUGCCCCACUCCUUCUCAGGUUAAGGCGGCUUUCAAGAAGAAGGUAUGGGAGUCGCACCCUGAUCUCUUUCCAAUUAAUGAAAAGCCGACUGCAGAAUCUAAGUUCAAGCUGAUUUCGGAAGCUUACAACUGUCUGCUGUCUGGUGUGAAAUGGGAAUAUUCAGAACCAGGUUCAUAUGUACGCGUCGUGAGAAGGGGAGUCCCAUCGGCAAAUGGUGCAAAAGGAAAUCGCUUGCUCCUGGGGAUACCUUUCCUAUUCAUCGUUUUUGGAACACUAGGACUGGGGGGAUUUAACGCUUCCAGGGCAUACAACAGGCAAAAGGAGAUUAAUCCAACUCAUAAUCCCUUUCUUCCCUGAUUUAAAAACCGUAGCCUAAAACUAAGUCGGACAAAUUGUCUGGCAUCGUGGUCAUCGAGUUGCAUGUUUAACAGAUAAAGGCGCUAAGGCAAAGAAACAUAUGAUGUUUCCUGUAGUUGUUCUCUUAAUACUGUAAAUGAAUACACAAUCAAGAUUAUCAAUCUCCAGAAUCACUCUCUUCAUUCUUUUUAACAGUCA